ACAAGCGUCUACAAUGCUGUUUCGGUGGCCAGACCUCCACUGGCAUCGACACACCGUGACUGUGUGAAACAACAGGCUACUCGAUCGCUACGACAGGGGCGAUAUAGGCUACUACUUUAGGAGCAUAGAAUUGCAAUAUAGUUGACAAAUAAGUAGGCAAAAGGCACACAUCGUGCAUCUGAAUAUCAUCCCCAGUUUCAAUGGACUGGUCUUGGACACUUGUGUGUGCGUGUGCGGGCUUGUUUUGGAUCGGCCGAGCGAGUGGAGAGAAGCAAAUGAUGGUGGAGCAAAUGAUGGUAGAGCAACGGGAGGUAGACAUGGAUGAAUUCAUGACAGCUAUGCAUCCGGAGAUUCGUGUUGCAGUAGAGAUAGAACCAAAUGGAGAACUAAGCGAAAGAGGUCCUCCAGCGUUUGGGCCUCGGUCUUUUGGUAUGCCACCACCUAGUCUGAACUACCCAGUGGAAUUCCCCCCGGGGAGACCCAUGCCAAACAACCUCCAGGCCAUCUGCCUCCACGGGGACCACCGGCCUCGCUACCCAGACACCUACUUCCCCGCCUCUGGGUUUGGACAACUCAAGCGGAGGGCAUUAGCAGUCAAUCUCGCCGAGUCGUUGUUCAGCGAGUGUUGCGCGGCGGAUCAGACCCGGGGUCAGAACCUGACGCUGUGCUGUGUCAAACAGGCGUGGAAGCAGAUGGUGGCCACCUUCUGUGAGAUGGACACCUCUGUGAAGGACCGUGUGUACUCCUGUUGUAAAGAACAGGGUUCUGCCCAACUCAAGUGCUUCCAGGAGGACGCUCCCAAUGCCUCCUACCUGCCCACGGAGGAGCUCCCGGUGUCCCCCAUUCCUGUGGAGUCCAGCUUCUCCUUCAGCCCCGACACAUGCCUGAGUAACGCACCGCUAAGAUCAACGCUGACACCGAGAAGCCUCAGAGGCACCAUACAGCAGAGAACUCUGUCCAACAAAGUGAGCAUCAGUUUCCCCCCCGCGCGCCCCAUGGCUGACGACAUAAAAUCGGUCUGCAUUCACCACAAGCUGCGCCCGUUCUAUGACCUCCGCUGCUUACCACGCAGAGGCUAUGGCUGGUUGGUCCGUCAGACCAAGGCCGUCAACCGCCUUGAGAGGGGAUUCAAACAGUGCUGCAAAAGAAAACAGGAAGUACUUGAGUGUGCAGAUGGAAAGUGGCGGGAGGAGAUGGACAGGUUCUGCAGAGAGGACAAGGAGAGGAAGAUGAAGUACCAUUGCUGUGAGAUGGAAGAGGGCCAGGAGAGAUAUGAGUGUUUCCAUUCCAGUUCUCCCAGCGCUGGCUAUAAUGUCGACCUGUCAACUUAUACGCCCACGUUGCAGAACGCCUCACUCGGCCAGAUCUGUGAAACUCACAAGCUCAUCAAAAAGAAGUUGCUAGCAGGACUUCCGAUUCAGAAUUUUGUGAAACAGUGCUGCCAUCUCUCUUCCAAUCAGAGAACUUCCUGUAUUCAGCAAAAGAUAAAGAACAAAGGCAUUUGCUCAACAAGAAAAGCUCAAUUUGUAGCCAAGUGUUGCAUCACUUCUGUGGAUUCCUCCAAAUGCAUUUCCAAAAUACUGAUGAAUGCCAUCUCCAAGCAAAUUAAGAUAGACCAGAGGACGAAGAAGUGUCCUCUUUCCUAAAGCCAAUUUUCUGUGCAUUUUAUUCAGAUAGGGGCCUAGUUAGCACUUUGAAAUAAGAGAAGAAAGGGAACACAUUCAUAAAGCAUGUUGCAUGAGGCAAUAACAGACCUAUUAUAGCUUUAACUACAGGAAGUGCUGCUCAGCGUGUUGUAAUCCACACACUGUGCUUGAGUGUAAACUUGAAGAAAUAACCAUGUUUGUGUACGGUAUAUUAGACAGUGGUCUGUGUCACAUACUAAUCAAUAGUAAGUAAUAUUCCUUUUUGGAAAUGUAUUGGGAUUUCUUGAUUAAAUCAACAUUCAACCCUU